AUGUCUACCUCGGAAAUCCAAGGCUACGCCAUUCGCCGCAAUAACUCCUGUCUCAGCGACGAAGUCGGAUGCGGACGAACAUGGGAAACCUGGCACGCUUGCUGCCCAUCCGGGUCUAAAUGUCCCGGAAAAGAGUACUCGAUUCAAAACAAUGUCUGCUGUCCGACUUGGACGGACUGCACUUCCGAGAUCAAACCUGCCACCUGCGCCAAUAGCUCCUGGAAUAUGUACGACUACGAUGGAUAUUUCUGCUGCACUGAGGACGAGAGUGGCUUCAGACUCAAGGGGACAGACUGGGUGGGCUGCUUGAGCCCCGACUCGCCGGGCAAUGCCAGUUACAGCGCCUUGCAGUUGAUCGCAACAACCUCCUCAUCCGUAACAUCAGCCCCCACAUCCACAUCCGCCUCAACCACCACAGCAUCAGCAGCAACAACCACAGCAGCAACAUCCUCCGGAUCAGGUUCAGGCACCAACACGGGCGCAAUAGCCGGAGGCGUCGUUGGCGGUGUCGCCGGCGUCGCAGCAAUAGCCGGCCUUCUUUUCUACUUCCUGCGACGGCGCAAUAAGCAACGACCAGAGUCACAGACACAGAUGCAUCUCCAACCACAGGACCCUAGUCCUCAAUACUCGGCAUACGCCUACAGUCAGACCCAGCAACCAUAUUCCGCCCCAGCGAGCGAAUUAGAUGGCCAGUCUGCGCCUGUGGAAUUACCGUCGAAUAAUGGUCCGAAAGCUGAGUUGGCGGGGUAUCGGUGA